AUGCCUCGCCCUCCCUGCGCGCUCCGGAAGGCCGGGGAGGCGCGGCUUGGCAGCCCGCGGGCAGCGGAGGAGGAGCCGCUGCUGAUGGAGGAGCCACGAGCCGCCGCCGCCGCGGAGGAAGGGGAGGCCGAGGAAGGGAGGCUGGCGCGCCGCUUCCAGCAGGGCUACCUGGCCGGGACGCGCCUGGCCGAGCUCCCCUGGCAGGAACUUGAAAAGAUACUAAAGAAUUCAAAGGAUUCUUCAGCACUGCUAACUAUUUUGCAGAAGACUGUUCUUGAUCCGCUGUCCUUGAAAUAUCCGCCUUCAGUCAAGUACCGAAGAUGCUUCUUAUCGGAGCUCAUUAAAAAGCAUGAAUCUACAGCGGCAGAACCUCUAGAUCAGUUGUAUGAAGCGCUUGGGGAUGUCUUAAACACCAAGGAAACGACACACUGUUAUAAAAGCUAUUUAUUGCCCACAGGAGACGCUGUUACACUUCGUGAGAGCGUGGCCAUCAUUUCACGAGGAACAACAGGCCUCGUCACGUGGGAUGCCGGCCUUUACUUGGCCGAGUGGGCGCUGGAGAAUUCUGCAGUCUUCAGCAACAGAAGAGUUUUGGAAUUGGGAAGUGGCAUUGGACUGACGGGAAUCGCCAUUUGCAAAGUUUGCCAUCCCAGGGCGUAUACGUUCAGCGAUCAUCACCAGUGUGUCCUACAGCAGCUGUCGGAGAACGUCCAUUUGAAUGGCUUCUCUCUGGAGUCUGAAUUCUGCCGGCACGGCACGGCCACAUGCAAAUCCCAGAAGGCAUUGCUCGCUGGAUCACAGGGCCCUGACGUCACUGUGGCGGAACUGGAUUGGCAUCGGGUUACAAAAGAGCAGCUUGCAGAACUACGGGCUGAUGUCGUCAUUGCUGCAGAUGUGGUGUAUGAUCCAGAGCUGGCACAGUCCCUUAUUGGUGUACUGCAAAAACUGUCCAGUUGCAACGAUGGUGGGAAGUCCCCAGAAGUCUACAUCGCCUUCACUAUUCGAAAUCCAGAUACUUACUACUGUUUCCAGAUGGAACUUGAUAAAGUUGGAAUCAGAUGGCAAGUCGUUCCCAGCACUCAAAAGAACAUUUUCCCUUAUGACCACCAUGCAAAUAUAACCAUUUUAAGACUGCUCGUUUAAGUUUUUCACCCCAAACUCUUUAUUUAUCAUUGGAACCAUUUCAAACAGUCGUGCAACCACUACCAUCACUACAAUUCAGUAGCGACAACUGGGGAAGCGUCGAAACAGCUCUGACAUCUGUGCCUUAAGAGUACUUCGUUCGUCGUGCUUUAAUGUGCGCGGCCCACACCAUCAUCUUCCGUACCAAGUGAACUGUGCAGGAUGCAUUCAGAAGGACUCAUGUUUCCUUGCGUUAUAUUCUUUAAUGACAUGUUUGUCAUAUUUUUACUGCCCAGAGAGGUUUGGGCCGAACUCUAUAAUCUCAGGGACUAGAAACUUGUCCGUUUUGUUUUAAAGAUAACAGCUUCCUGAUGCUGAAUUCUACCUAUAAUACCAAAUCACGGGAUACACAUGGCAUUUGCCUUACAUCAGCCUUCCCUGACCAGGUGCCCUCCAGAUGUGUUGGAUUUCAGUUCCCAUCAGCCCCAUCCAGCAUGGCCAAUGAUCAGGGAUGCUCAGAGUUCACAUCCAAAACAUCUGGAAGGCACCAAGUUGGGGGAAGUAAGCUGCGUGGCAUCCUUCAUAUGAAUUAUUAUCUGGAAGUAAACUAGGGUUACCUUUGUGUAUCAGAAACAGGAUUGGUAGGGGCUGGAUUAAAU